GUCUAGGAAAAUGUCACAUUAGAUAAGAAAUAAAAGUUAGAUGGUUCUUGUUCAGGUAUGAGAGUCCAUUUCACGUGCUUUUUGGACGCGAAUCAAACGUAGUUCUCUAUAAGCGAAGUCUUGAUUCAGAAAGCCAGUUAGAAAUAGACAUUGGCAGCGACAGUGAGACGCUAUCUAUUGCUAGCGAUGACAUUCACAGCAACACUAGCGACGAUGAUGACAAUCACGUAAUUGAGACUGAGCUCAAUAUUUUUGAACGUGUAAGGAAACAAACCUACGAUUCGUCGCAAGGAAACAAACCUACGAUUCGUCGCAAACAACUGCUUAUCGACAAGCGGAACGUUACGCAGCAUCUCAUUCGUCUUCUAUAUACAGCGUCGGUGAUGCAGUCCUAGUUCGUUUACAUACGAGUAUCAGCCGAAAGAAAUGAAACAAGCUACCGGUUACCCCGGUUAUUGUCAAAGGAAAAAUUAUAAAAAGCAGAAGAAUCGGUACCUAGUGCGCGUAAUCGGCGAGCAAACAGCUACUAAAUGGUUUGCAGUAUCGGAUAUCACAUCCCUUACAGCCGAGGAAGAAAACAUAAGACAAGCACUAGCCAAAAAAUUAUUACUCUUGAAAAAGGCUAAAGAAAAUGUUGAGAAAACGACUGCAUUUAGUGGCUAUGUCAAGAAAAAUCCCAGCAUUUCAGCGACUGUGGCUUCACAAGGACUCAGAAGAACAUCUUUCUCAAUUUAUUCCACUCAAAUGGACAGACUAUAUUAACAGUAUGAAAAUGCCGGGCACUUGGGCGGAUGAAAUUGUCGUGCGAGCUGCAGCAACAGUAUUUGACCGUCCAGUGUACAUUGUCUCUUCCCUUGAAGAUGAAAACAGCGACAAACAAAUUAACGCAAGAACUGCAGAAGGGAACCGGCGUGCACCAAUGCUGCUGGGGCAUGUGGCAGAAAACCACUAUUGGAGUCUGGAUCUCAAUACUGCAAAACAGCCAGAAACGUUUCCAGGCAACCGACGCAAAACUGUUGGCGAGUUUGACAUACCUGCUGCUGCUGCUACCAUAGUAGAUGGUGCUUUGCGUAUGGCUGAGAGCAGUUUCCAGCAUAGACUAAGUACGGUUCAAAGUUAUGAAUUAUUUUCAUCUGAUUUUCAAUCGCUGCAGUCCAAAAGAUGGUUGAACGAUAUAAUAGUAAAUGCUUUGCACAUAGUAUUCCAGCAAGAGGCAAACUUGAUGAAUUCCAAUAGAGUAUUGUCAAUGAAUUCCUACCUUGUUCCAAGUUAUGGAAAACGAGGAUACGACGGCGUAUGGAGGGCUACUAUGGAGGUCAACGUCUUUGAAUACGAACUGAUUGCUAUACUUGUCCAUAUGAAGAAUCACUGGAUAAAAGUGAUUGUUGACAUUUUCGAGAAGUGUCUCAAUGUUAUCGAUUCGGCGGGAAACACACAUGACGCUGAGUGUGAUUGCAUUAUACUUUGGUUGUGUGAUGAGCAUAGGAGGAAAUAUGGUACACUGAGUAACAAGGAUUUUUGGCAAAAGAAAUACCUAGUAUCAAAGGAAAAGCCUCAACAGAUCGAUAGUGUCAAUUGCGAUGUUUGGACCUGUGUGAACAUGAGAGACUACUCUCUUCUUGGGAAGUUGCAAAGACGCGAGAUGAACAUGGAAACUGUACGACGUUGGCUUGCGUAUCGCCUUCUACACUCAGUCACCAGUUCAUGCGAAAACGAGAAUGAAAAAGAAUUAUUGAAACAAGAUCAAUAGAGGAGGUAAGAUUAAUCAUUAAAAGUUAAAACCUAUUAAAAAUUUUUGGCAACCAUGUGAGAUUGUUUUCAGAACAGCAGAAAGUAAGUAUCCAACUGUUCAAGAAUGCUGCAAUAUACACUAUUCAGAUUAUUGCUGCUAGCACAUCAUCAUCUGAAAACAGUUGAGCCUACUGAGCAGAUUCUAGCCGUGACUGAAAACACAGUGCAAAGCAGUAGAAAAAGACCCAAAAAGUCAUUGUCACUAAGAAACACGAAGAAACGACGUCUUGUAUCGUAUCAUGCAAUAGAAAAACCAGGCACUGCAAAUGCUACACGUCUAGAACGCAAUGUCCUCACAUUUGAUGAAGAUCGCUUGUCUGCAGAAAAUGACAACGAUGUCAAAGAUUCGUUUACAGUAUCUUUUAAACCGUCAGAUGUCGUCGCACCUAUUGAAGGUACUACGGAUACAGACAUGUUGAAACACUGGCUUCUACACCUCGAACCAAAGAAGAAGAUAUCGAUGCAUUAGAUGAUAAGUGAUUAUACGUAUAUAGACAGAUAAUAAUUUACUGGACGAUUCUAACGUCUACUGCGAAAGUGUAUAUUCUCGUAACAGAUAGAUUGCAUUGCAGGAAUUUAAUUCUUAUUGUGCGUGUGCAAAUCUGCAAUUAAUUAAUUGCAGUGUCUUUAAUGAAACUAACGGAUCGUUAUUUUGCAGGUAUCCACUGUACUGUCAAAGACCUAAGAAUUACGAUAGCCAAACUAGAAAAGAAAAAUGCUAUCAAGGCAUUGUUGGAUGCUUGUCCAACAACUACACCAGCAAACUUUUCCAGAACAACAACCAUGGCAGAAAGCCUAAAGCAAUGGAAACAUGUCACAAUAGGUGCGAGAUAUUCAAUACAAUUCAUCAAGUACGUGCAGCAAUAUUUUACCAAAUGGUAUUUUGCUAAUCGCAAAAGAGCACAAUACAUUGCUGACGACGAAAUCGACACCUUCGAUGAAUUUAUGGGCCAGCCAGGAGACUGGAAAUACUGCGUAAGAGCAAAGCACGCAGUAUUUCAUAUACUAGCUUUUCAUCACCUGCAAUCAUGGGCAACAGACAACAUUGCUGUGGCAAUGGAUACAGUAUUGUCAAGUGACUGAUUAGUAAUGUACUGUUGCAGAAGUAGAUUGUAUAGUUACCUGUCAUGUAAUGUAAGCAAGUACACUCGAUUGCAAUAAACUUCUUUGUUUUGCACUAA